CUCAGCUGAGGCACUCCCUGCCUCUCCCAGAGCGAGAAAAGCUUGUGGUUGCCGUGGUAACGGCAGUAAACGAAGGAAGCUCUCAGCGAGUGCUUUGGCGAGAGCUCUACCGCAGAUCCCCUGGUUUCUAACAUGGACCAAAAGGGAGAACCAGAAAAACCGGAUGCAGAUAUCCAGGGAGAUGAAUACUCUGAUGAAGAUGAUGAGUUAUAUGAAGAGUUUGGUGACUUUCCUGGAAGACUUAAAACUUCUGGAGAAGAAUCUGAUUACCAAGAAGAGAUUUUCUUGGAAGAGCAGGAAGAAGAAGAAGAACCAGUGAAGAAGAUUCCAGAAGACUUCUUCUAUGAUUACGAUCAGGUGGCCUCAGCUCCUUUUGUGUCUUCAAACUCGGGCAUCCCCAUAAACCUUCUCACAGUCAUAUAUUCCUUUGGUUAUGACUCUACCAAACGGAAUAAUCUGCAUCUUCUGGACAGCCAAACCAUCAUCUAUAUAGCUGGCAACCAGCUAGUCUUCUUGGAUUUGAAAACUGCGGAGCAGACUUACCUCCGGAGCAGCAGUGGUGGAGGAAUUGGUGCUCUUGCGAUUCACCCAGAUAACACAUAUUUUGUAGUAGCUGAGAAAGGAUUCUAUCCAACUGUUGUCAUCUAUGAAUAUCCUUCCCUGAGGCCCUACAGAAUCCUCCGAGGAGGGACUGACGAAGCUUACGCACAUGCAAGUUUUAAUUUUAAUGGCUUAUUGCUGGCUACUGUGGGUAGCCACCCUGAUUAUACAUUAACAAUCUGGAACUGGAAAGAGGAGGUGCCCGUGCUGAGGACAAAAGCUUUUGGCCAGGAUGUUUUUAAGGUCACGUUCAACCCUGAAAAUGAAGAGCAACUUACCACAGCGGGAUCAGGCCACAUCAAGUUCUGGUUAAUGGCUUUAACUUUCACUGGUCUUAAACUACAAGGAUAUUUGGGUAGAUUUGGCAAAACAGCAGUGACUGACAUAGAAGGUUAUAUGGAAUUGCCUGAUGGGAAAGUGCUCUCAGGAUCAGAGUGGGGCAACUUGCUGCUCUGGGAGGGAGGUCUCAUCAAGGUAGAACUUUGCCGACAUGCACGAAGAACCUGCCAUGUUGGCCCCAUUAACCAGAUCAUGAUCGAUGAAGGAGAAGUCAUCACAGUUGGAGAUGAUGGAUGCAUUAGGAUCUGGGACUUUGAGACAAUAGAUACUGCUGAUGCUAUUGAUGAAUCUGAAAUGUUAGAGAUGGAGCCCAUUAAUGAAUUGCGAGUGGGCAGGAAUGUCAAGCUCUCCUCAAUGGUGAAAUUAUUUAUACCCGGCAAUUCUAUCUGGUAUGCUCAGGACUCCAAUGGUGCUAUUUGGAAGCUGGAUCUUAGUUUUUCAAACAUUACCCAGGAUCCACAAUGUCUGUUUUCUUUCCACUCUGGACCAAUUGCCGCCAUGACUGUUUCUCCCUUCACCUAUCUCAUGGCCACUACUUCUAAGGAUUGCACAGUACGCAUCUUUGACUUUGCGGCUAGAAUUUAUUUGGCGCAGUUGUCCUUCAGAAGAGGAGGAACAGCGCUCACCUGGGCCCCCCGAAUGGUCAGCCACAAAGGAGGGCUAAUUGUUGCAGGGUUUGAAGAUGGAGUUGUUCGCAUUCUGGAACUUUACGAUCCAACAGGAAUUAUGAUGUUUGCUGGGAGGAGGAAGAUAAUUGCUGCACAGUUACAAAUGACUCAGGUCUUCAAGCCUCAUACAGAUGCUGUUACAGCGCUAGCAUUUGAGCAAAAUGGAGAGGUCCUAGCCACAGGGAGUAAAGACAAAACUGUUUUCUUCUUUACUGUGGGAAGAUCAUAUGAACCAAUUGGUUUUAUUAAUGCUCCUGGGCCUGUUACACAGUUAGUAUGGACUCCAAAAUCUCAUGAUAUAAGUUUUCUCAUGGUUAUCUGUGAAAAUGGCUACAUUCUUCAAGUUCCUGUUCCACAGCCCAGGGAAACGGAGGAAUUAGCAACCUACGAACUCAAAGAACUGCCAAUACAAUGUUUUCAUUUCAUGAGUAUCAAAUCAAGGAUCCUGAGAGACAUAGAGAUUGAAAACAGAAGAAAAAAGAAGGAAGCGAAGGAGAAGGAGAAGGAAGAAAAGAGAAAGCUACGUCUUCAAAUGAUGAGACAAAUGCAAACAGAAGGAGAAGAGGAAGAAGAAAUUGUGGAGGAAGAGGAAGAGGAAGAAGAAAUAGAAGAGGAGGAGCCCCUGCCAGAAAUUUUUAUUCCACCGCACCCUUGUCCUGUUUUAUGUGGAUUUUACUCCGCACCAGGGAAAUUCUGGAUUUCUAUGGGUGGAUAUGAUUCUGGUUUCCUCUAUCACUGUAAGUUUCCAACUGAACAAUCAAAAUCAAUGGAGGAACAGCAAGAUGAACCCUUUGAUUUCCACCAUGUAGAUGAUACAGACAACAACCCUAUCCGAGUGAUCAGCUUCAGUCUUACCAAACAGAUGAUGUUUUGUGGGAUGCAAGAUGGAAAAAUUAGGGUUUACAUCCUAAGGGAUAAAAGCCUUAACUUGACCGAUAUGAAAAAUUACUGGAGCUUCAGUGUCCAUGACAAUGAUUAUGGACAUAUCCAGGCCUUAUAUCCUAGCUAUGAUGAUCGUUUUGUGCUGUCUGUUGGGGGAGACGGCAAUAUCUUUGUCUAUAAUGUUCUGUCUGAAGAAGAGAUAGAGGAAGGUCUCCGAGCCGCAGUGCCUCCUCCCAGGAUCGGUUUGGAACCAGACAAACACAUAAAGGAUAUUGAAGACCCAUAUGCCUUUAGUAUCGAGGGUGCCAGGCAAAAAAGAGAAUAUGACCAGAUCAUGAAGGAAGUGGAGGAAAUCAAGGCCCACAAGAGGGAGAAACUAAAGGAACUGAGGGAGGAGUUCCAGAAGUUACUGGAGAAGAACGCUGAGCUGCCAGAGCACAUGCAGCUCCACCGGCAUGAGUUUGAUGUCGAUUCCAAAGUCCGAGAAGAUACUGAACGAACGACAGUCCAGCAAAUCAAGCAGGUGGAAAAGGAACUCGCUUGGGAAAAAGAGAAGCAUCGAAUUGCACUGCUGAAAUUACAGCAACGAUUUCGAGAUUCAUUAGAAUUUGACACCAUCAUCAUCCAUGCUAUACAGUCUGAGCAUAAAAUUUCUACUUAUCGGCUCUUGAAACUCUCAACAAAGAUCACCAAAGCCAAACGUAUCAGUCAAUCAGAAAGAAGAUUAAGCAAGUUUGAUUGGAAAGAAAAAGAGUUGCCUACAAAGAAAGAUAGCCAAAAAGAAUCAGCUCAAAUAAUUUCUACAGCAGAAGAAAUUUUUUUGGAUAAGGAGAGAAAAGGCAAACCGAGGACCCUAAGUGAAAUCAUGGUGGAAAACCAAAUCAAUAAAUUGAAGAAAAUUAUUUUAAAAGCUGAAAGAGCUCAAUAUAAAAUCUUACAGCGGAGAAAAGAAUGGGAAGAAUUAUACAAAAGUAAACCUGAGGACGACUAUGAAGACCCCAAAGAUGUGCAGGCCAUUAAAGAAGCCCAGCAGAAUAUGGGCGACUUCAACCUCAAGACCAGCCCGGACUACAAGAUCCCUGAACACAUGCGCAUAAAUGCUGCCAAGAAGGAGGAGGAGAUUGGAAUUCUUGAAACUAUGGCUCACGAUAAGAAGUUUAAAAUGAACAAGUGUAUCGUCUCUCUUCGAGACCAGAAAAUUGCUGUUAUUGAAGAGAUCCAGUGCCUGGUACAAGAGCUGAAAACUAUUCAUCUCAUUUUGCCUGAAGCAAAACACCUUCCUAUUCCUGAGGUGCCCCAAUUAUACCCUGAGGAGGUGCCAGAAAGAAAAUUUCAGUAUGAUGAUGAAAUUCUUUUAGCGUUUAAGCUAGGGGAAGAGAGGAAAGCUCAACAGAAAGAACAAGAAGAGAAACGUCAAGAGGGUGACUUUUUUGGAGGCUUUGCUGCAACAAAGGAACAACAUUCUCACAAGGAAGGGGAAUUGGGAAGGCGAGAUUCCAAGAUAUCAAAAAUUCCUUUAAUAAUCAUCCCAGAGAUUCAAAAGCCAGUGGAGUUUCCAAAGGUGGACCUAACUGAAGUGGAAGUAGAGAUCCUGAAGAGGGAAGAGAUCAGGAAUGUGUACAUGCAGCAGCAUUUGAUUGACAGGAUCAAAGAACUUAUCCUUACAUUUGAUGCAGAAUUUCGUCUCCUGAGACACCAGAAACUUAAAUUAGAUAUUCAGAUGAAGUUAGCUGACCUGCACCAUGUCACAUUAUUUCAAGAAAUGCUUCUCCUCAAGAACUUUGAAAAACAAGAGAACACACUUCAAGAACGUGUCAAUUCAUUGGACAGAGAGGAACAGGACAUGAAAUGGAGAAUCAAUGAGAAUCUUGCAGAGAUGGAAGAAAGAAAGUCUGAAAUUACCAAGCUUCAGGAUCAAGAAAAGACACUUUAUGCUAGCUUCCAGACAACUCUUGGAGAAAAUAAUAAAUUUGCAAAUUUUCUCAUGAAAGUGUUGAAGAAGAAUAUUAAGCGUGUAAAGAAAAAGGAAGUGGAAGGAGAAGAAGAUGAGGAUGAGAGCAGCAAAGAAGAGAGUGAUGAUGAGUCCAGCUUGGAGAGUGGGGAGGAAGAAUCAGAAUCGGAGGAUGAAGCUUUUGAUGAAACCAUGGGGUUAGCAAAUUGUGACCCGGCCCUUUAUGAAAUGACUCUUCAGCUUCGAGAGAAAAGGCUGGACAUAGAGGAGGCCUUAUCUGAUGAGAAGAAAGCGCUUGAUAAUCUCAAAAAGGAAUACGAAGCGAUGUCCAAAAAAGUAAAAGUGGUGGGGUCUAAUCUGCGUACAGCGGAGGAAGCCUUGGAAGCCUAUCAGCGGGAGAAGCAGCAGAGGCUCAAUGAGCUGCUGGUGGUGGUCCCUCUGAAGCUGCACCAGAUAGAAUGUGUGGAACUUGGAGAAAUACCCAGUGACCUCUCCAAUGCUUUGGUAUUUUCUAAUUCUUCCCUGCAACAUCUGCAAGAAAGAAUUGUACAGCUACAAGAAGAGAAUUUUGAACAGCACGAACUGAACAAAGAAUGCCGGGAACGGCGCAAAAAGCUUAUUUUUGAAAAGAGAGAAAUGGCCAAAAAGAUCACAACAAUGAAGGAGAUGGUUUCUAAGCUGAUGAUCAACAAGUUUGGCAGAGAGAUAGACCUGGAAGCCCUUCAGACACUCUCUGUAAACAAAAAACUUGAAGAACUGAAGAUCAAGAAAAUGAAAAAAGAGCUCUCAAAUGCAAAGGAGAUAAAAUCUUGGGAGGAAAAGAUUUCUCAGGUACGAUGGGACCUAUUGAUGAAGACUAAGGAACACACUAAGAAACUUCAGCAAAUGAAUGAAUUGUGCCUUGAAAAGCGGGAGCUUGAAAACCGUUUGAAUACACUGCAACGUCAGCAGGGUAAUGCCUUCCAGGGGCCUCGGAAAGCCGAUAUUGUGGCAAGGGAAAAGAUCAGUGAACUGAUCCAGGUCCAGGCUAAUAAGAUUCUAGCCUUGAAGGAAGAAAUUGCUAUCUUGCGCAGGAAAGGUGGUCUCAUCCUCCCGCCAAUCAGCAAUAACCACUAACUGGAAAUGCAUCCUUGCAUCCACUGCUGUUUUCCUAUCUAUCCUCUCCAAUUUUUGUUAAGCGCUCAUCACUAAGAUUUGUUUUUAUCCUACUUGAUAUCUACAGGGGGAGACAUAUAUGUACCCGCACCCCCCCUCCCCCCCCCCCCCCCCCCCCCCGCAAGUCUUGUUUGUUCAGCUUAAUCGCAUCCUUUCCAUAAGCAAGUCCUCGGAAGAGCUCUGGCCUCGGUUCCCGCUCGAGUCUCCCACACAGACUCAGCAGCUAAGUAAGUCAUUCUGGGCAAAAGUCCCCUUUUCAAGUUAAAUAAGCAAGGCAGAAUGGCAGUGCCGGCGCCCUCUAGCGGAUCUCAUCCUGCAAGACAGCUCGGAGCCUUUCCUGAGCACGUGUUUCCGGCUCCUCCAGGCUCAGAGAAGAUGCUCGCAGGAGCACUUAGAAACGACCCGCGCUCAUUUUCCCGAAGGGUUUUAGGAAUGACCAAGCCGAAGGCUAGAGAGGAGACUAAACAUUUAUUUAGAAGUUACAGCGUUUGUUUUUACAGUUAUGUUGCCACAGAUUAUUGAAUCUGGAAGGGUUGUUAAUGCUUAUAGAGGACUGUACACAUUUUAGUCUGUUCUCCUGGCCAUACCAUGAAGAAGAUCACUUCCUGUGGUACCAAGUUCAGCCGGUCCGUUAAGUCAGGUUUCUCCCCCCAGUCUGCGUUGUUCAUCCGUGUUCAGCUCUCACGGAGGAUGGGCCUAAGAUGUGUUUUCCUUCUCUCCUAAUGGGCACUCGGCACCAUCCCAGGGAGUUGCAGAAGUCAGAAAUAAAAGGCUACUUCUGUUCCCAGUCA